AUGUCGCAACAACCAUUGUCCUCGUCGGUGCAGCCGACUGACAUCUACGGAGGAGAUGAGGUGUCCGCCCUGGUGCUCGACCCAGGCUACUGCAGCACACGUGCCGGCUUCGCGGGCGAGGAUGUCCCCAAGGCUGUCUACCCAUCCUUCUACGGCCGCGUUGGCUCCACCGACCCCCCGACCGACGUCUACGGCGACGAGUGCCUCAUCCCCCGCGCCGACUUCGAGGUCCGCAACUACAUGAACAAGGACAGCGUUGUAGAGGACUGGGACGUCGCCAACAAGCUCUGGGAGCACAUGCUUACGACCCGCCUGCAGCCCCCGCGCUCCACCCCUCCUUCGAAGAACGGCCUCAACGACGACCCCAAGAAGGAUGAGGGAGGUGCGACCAAUGGUGAUGCCGAUGUGGCCAUGGAAGAUAUCGAGGCGCAGGAGAAGGCCCUGCAGGAGAACCCACUUUUGAUGACCGAGGCGCCGUGGAACAACGCCAAGUCCAGAGAGAAGGCGAUUGAAAUUAUCAUGGAGAACUGGGGUUGUCCUGCGUUCUGGUUGAGCCGUACGCCUGUUCUGGCCGCCUUCGCUGCCGGCAAGGCCAGCGCUCUCGUCAUCGAUGUCGGUGGCGCUAACACUUCCGUCACGGCCAUCCACGACGGCAUGGUUCUGAAGAGAUCCAUCCAGAAGUCUCCAGUCGGAGGCCUGUGGCUCUCGUCGCAGAUUCGCAGCUUGUGGGAGACCACGGAGCCCAAGAUUGACCCCAUUCCGACAUUCAUGGUCGAGAACAAGACCCCCGUCGACGCCGGCGCCCCGCCCCAGUUCAAGCAACGCCAAUUCGACUUUAGCAUCACGGAUUCGUUCCGCGCCUACGAGGAGGAGCGUUUGGUGACCGAGUUCAAGGAGUCCGUCGUCGAGACCUGGCGCCAUCCCAUCCGGUUUGCGACGCCGCAGGGCGAGGAGGCGGCCAGACAGCAACCUGGUCGCGUGUUUGAGUUUCCCAACGGGGCCAACCAGAUGUGGCGCGAGCAGCGUUACAAGGUCUCGGAGGGCAUGUGGGACGAGACGGCUGCGUACCCGACCGCCAACGAGGAGCUGCGCCUGAACAAGUCCCAGACCAUCCCCGAGCUGAUUCGCGCGGCGCUCAACGCCGUCGACGUGGACCUGCGUCCCAACCUGCUGGGCAACGUCGUCGUGACCGGCAGCACCAGCUUGCUGAACGGCUUCAACGACCGCCUGAACGCCGAGCUGAUGGCCAUGUACCCCGGCCUCAAGAUCAAGAUCCACGCGGCGGGCCUGUCGAGCGAGCGCCGCUUCGGUGCUUGGAUCGGCGGCAGCAUCCUGGCCAGCUUGGGCACCUUCCACCAGAUGUGGAUCUCGCGCAAGGAGUAUGAGGAGAACGGUGUCAGCAUCGUCGAGAAGCGCUGCAAGUAA